AUUUGCUUAUAUGCAAUUUAUAUACAAUUAAUAAUUGUAAUAAAUCCAUCACAAAAAUAAAUUAAUAAAAAGUUUAGUAAAAAUAAAAACUAUUUUAGAAAGCAAAAAUAUGAGCAUAAACGAAAGAUAAACUCCCGAAAAGCUUCCUCCAUUAAGUUCAUCACGCAACAAUCAUAAAGCAUAUAGACAAAAUCCUUUUCAAAAUAAUUCACUUCAUAACCAGUCAUUCUAAUCCAGCUAAUCUAAAGGAUCAAAAAACUUAUCUCAUAGCUUAGUCUCAACUAGAACUUAGACAGAUAAUCCUAUGAUUAGAUCUUUCAGGUAAGCAAAUAAUCCAUUUGAUUAAGGAUAUACUCGUAGUGAUAAAAUAAGGUAUUAGGGAAGCCCGGAGUCAAAAGCACAUCAGCGUCUUCAUGAAUUCUGCACUAUUUCUUCUCUUUAACAUUCUGGUUAUCAUUAACCAAGAUAUUAAUAGAGUUAAAAAGUAUCAGGAAUAUAAAAUCUUCGUAAUACGUUCUAAAAAAACCGAAUUAUGCAAUAAAUUAUAGAAGAAGAGGAAGUAGUAACAAAAGAUCCUAAAUUGAUGACUAACAUAGAAUCUUUAUGGAAAAUGAAUCUUCUGAAUGACAAAAGAUUUGUAAAUAGCUCUUUAGCAAAGAAUCACAAUAUUGCUUAUGUAUACAAUGACUACCACUCUCGUUCUACGAAUCCUGGUUAUUCAAGAAACGAUAUGGGUGGAGCAUUCUUUACAAGAUGAUGGAAUUAAAUCUAAAAUUUAAAUAAAAAAAAAUUAUAUUAAUUAUAAUUAUUGAUAUAAAUAAAACAAAUAUAUUUAUGUUCUGAAGAACUAUUAUGUAAUAAAUAAAACUAUGUGUUAUUUAUCUAUCUAUCUAUCUACCUAUCUAUUUUCGAUCUAAAAAGAAGGUUAUAAAUAGUGAAUGAUAUUAUCUUG